AUGUGUGGAAUAUUGCUCAGCUAUGUUCAAGAGACAAGAAAAGUGAAGAAAAGAGACUCCCCAGACACAUUUGUUGAGUUGUGUGAUGAACAAGAGAUAGCUGGGAUUAUAAACGAAGAUUUCAGGCAGGAUUUGUUGGCUGGAGCGUCGUCUGAUAGACAAUUCAAGACUGAAGAUCAUAUUGUUGGUGCAUUGAUUCCCAGAAUAUUGUCUAGAGGUCCCAACUAUGGCUCAAUGCUUGCGAAGAAUAUCAAGAAUGCAGACAAUUUGUAUGGAAGAUUGACUUUCUUUUCUUCGAUUUUGUCACUAAGAUCUCCAUUUACAAAACAGCCUUUGGUGAAUGGCCAAUUUGUUCUUCAGUUCAAUGGAGAAUUAUACAAUACUGAGCUAGUUGAUAGUGAUUUGAAGCAGUAUUCCAACGAUACUUUGUUCUUCAUGUCUCAGUUGUUGUCCAACUGUCAAAAGAUAGACGUGAAUCACACGAAAUACCAAGAAUCAAUUUUAUUUACUAUAUCUGCCAUGGAUGGAGAAUUUGCUUACAGCAUUUACGAUAGCUUUAACAAAAGGCUAUAUUUUGGAAGAGAUAGUGUUGGCAAAAGAUCUCUUAUGUUUACAAUUUGUUCCAAAACAAAAAAAAUCUAUUUAUCCUCACUACCUCCAAUAUGCAAAUGUCAUGGAAGCUUGAACUAUCAAAAUAUUGAAAAUAUAAAUGAUGGUCUAGACGAUUAUAAAUUGAGUAAAUUGAAUGGUCAAUGGGUUGACUGUGAAAGGGGCAUUAUAUAUUGUUUUGAUUUGAGUUCAUUUAGUUUAAAAUUCAAUAAAGAUACUAAUUUCGGUGCAGUGCAAACUACAACUAAUUCCUCAUUUGCUAUUUUAUUUUCCGGUGGCAUUGAUUGUACAAUCAUUGCAGCCCUUUGUGCAUUUCAACUAGUUUCAUCAAAAGAUUUUUCUGAAAAAAGUAAAACAAUUGAUCUUUUAAAUGUUGGGUUUGAUAAUCCUAGGACUCGUAAACAGGCUUCAGCUGUUCCCGAUCGACAAUUGGCAUUAAAAUCAUGGUUUGAACUCUGUAAGAUCUAUGGCCCAGUUGGGGUUGAAUUUAAUUUAAUUGAAAUAGAUAUUUCUUAUAAAGAAUAUAUCGAGGGGAAAAAACGUGUGUUAAAAUUGAUUUGGCCAGAACAAAGUGUGAUGGAUUUAAGUAUAAGCAUUGCAUUUUUUUUUGCAAGCAGGGGUUUAGGAAGCAAAGUAAUUUUAGAUCAAGAAAAAAUGACAUUGGAUUCUAAAAGUAUUGAAUUUGGGGAAUUGAAGAGAGAAUCUAAUUUCAAUUCGAAUUGCAAAGUUUUGCUUAGUGGUUUAGGUGCUGAUGAAUUGUUUGGUGGUUACUCGAGACAUGAAGGUGUGUUUAACGACUACUACAAAUUGUUGAGAGCCAACAUCAAAAACAAUGGUUCUCACGAUUGCGAAGAAGUUGAAAAAAUGAGAAUAAGCAGUUACAGAUCUCUAGAGGAAGAAUUGUUAUUGGACAUUUCAAGGAUCUGGAAAAGAAACUUGGGGAGAGAUGACAAAGUCAUAUGUUCUUGGGGAAAGGAAUUGAGAUACCCAUUUUUAUGUAACGAUAUUAUUGAUUUUUCGUUGAAAAAGAUUCCAUUAAAUUAUAAGAAAAAACGAGAAAAGAAACAAAGCAAAAAUGGACAAUUACCAAAGCUAAUCAAAAAGUACUUUUUAAGAAAAGUGGCUGUUUCGUUAGACCUAGAGUUUGUAAGUGAAGAACCGAAAAGAGCUAUUCAAUUUGGAGCCAGGAGUGCCAGAAUGGAUAAGUAA